ACCAGACAGAGGCUUCCCAGCCAGGCAGCUUCUUCCGCUUCCGCACUGCCAUCCCGGAGGGGCGGGGAGAGGAACCGGGGAGCGCGAUUGUGACACCUGGCGGAGACUCGGGAGGCCAUCGGAAUUUCUUAUACCUGGGAGGUCACGGCGGGUGGGAGGGGUGUGUGCAGGUGCUGAGGGGUACAGGUGAGAGAAUGCAGUGGUGUGGGGGGUGUUAUUUCAUAUGGGAGGUUAGGAGAAAUAAAACCUCGGUAAACAAAGAAAACCAUGUUUGCUCUCUUCUUUAUUUUUAUUUGUACCUGUCUAUUAUUUGUUUAUUAUUAUUAUUAUUAUUUUUUUUUAAAGAUUUCUUGCCCGGGAGUGUUUCUGCAGGACAAGCAAGAUGUGUACCUCGGCAUCUACCUCUUGAAUCAAUACCUGGAGACUGAGUGCUUUCCUUCUGUGUUCCCUAUCAUGAUUCAGCAAAGCAUGAAAUUUGAAAAGGUAUUUGAAAAUGCAAUAGAUCCUGGAGCUGUAGCAGAACUUUUAGAAAGCUUCCUAACCAGGUUUGAAUUAAUACAGUUAGUGCCUCCAGCGUGGGCAGAAUUGGCCUACUAUGAAGAAAACACACGAGAUUUUCUUUUUCCUGAGCCCAAGCUGAGACCUUCACACCCAGGAAUACAUAGGGAGAUACUCAUGAAGACAGCUAUAGGAUUCCCAGGCAUUGCUCCCAAACUAGAAUUUUCUACAAGGACAGCCAUCCGAGAAUGUGUAAUUCUUCAUAGAACCAGAUUUCUUGAUGAAGAAUAUAAGCCACAAAAACCUUCAUCUAACACAUAUGGACAGAUACCCCCUUUAAAGAAUAAAAAGAAGAAAUCAAAAAAUCAUCAUGACAGACGGUGUAAAGACAUGCAGUCCCAAGCACCCUCUCCAUAUUUCACCAGACGUUUCUUCCUGGACCAGCCAACUCAGUUGGACUUUGGACAUCACUUCAGAUGCUCUGAGGAUAGGAAACCUCCAUUUGUAGUUAGACAUGUGGACAGUGCAAAACCCUUUGGUGAAGAUAAUUUGGAACAUCAUUUAUUGAAAUCUCAGAGAAAAUCAAAAUUUUCAGAUUUUUUGUUUCCAAUGAGGAGAGCUUCUUCUCUUGACAGCUUUGCAGAAAACGUAAAGGUUAUUAGAGAGCCAGAUGAACGAAUUGUUUUAAAGAAAGACUCACCAUCAUCCUUAGAAUCAAGUAAAUAUGAAAAGUUCUCACUGAGAAACCAAGGAGAUGCUGAUUUCCAUCGGAAAACGUCACUGGCCAGCUCCCCGUACUCCAGAUCCCCCAGCCCUGUGGAGCAGCCUUUUCGAGAAAGGUUCUGUUCCAGUCCUCAGUCCACGUGGAAGAAGAUCCAUGAAAGGGUAUGCAGUCUUCUCACAUCGCACAGAGCCCAGCAGCACCCAAAGGAAGAGUCUAUCUCUGAAAGAAAUUAUGUCUUUGAAACACCAAGCUACCUUCUGAAGAAAUACCCAGUACAUGAGCAGAGAUAUUUUUAACUCCUGUUUUAUUGCCAGAUGUAGUAUGUGAUGUUUCAGAUGUCACAGAGGAAAACUGAAUGCAAAGUUGAAGGAGGACUAAGAAGAGUUCACUCAACCCGAUAACAGAACCAUACAUCUGUGGAGAAGUGACCAGUCAUCUUAGUUGUCUGUGUUGAGUUGCCAGUGUCUAAUCUCUGUUAAAUCCAAUAUUCAGUCUUUUGUGCCCAGGUAAGAGUUGUUGAUUAAAGUUGUUGCUGUUUGGGACUCACAUUUUUCUUAUCAUCUGGAAAAUUAGUGUUUUGUUUUGAUCAUGAAAUAAAAAGUAAUAAUUGGGUCUCAGGGGCUUUUCUACUUAUUUGGAAAGCACAUUUUAGAAUUCAAACAAAAAUGUCUUGUGGGAGCUGAGGAAGUUGCUAUUUAGAGCAAUAACCUGCUAAGUCCUCUAGGGAGAAAAGACUGUCAGCCUGCUUUUCUUUUUUGGAUAAAUCUGUUCUGUUUGUUCAUUUUUUCAUAUUAGACUUAAUUUACAUCACCCCCUCUCCCUUAAAUCUAUGGAAAGAGAAUAUUAUAUCAAGAGAUUUCAGAUCUUGUUUAAAAGGUUGAAUUUCUAUGACAAAUUAAGGAGACCAAUUUCUUUCAACUGCCCACCUUUGUUGUUGCUAUUGUUGUGGUAUAGGAGUUUUAACUUGCUAGGCAAGUGUUCUACCAUUGACACUCCCUCCCCACCAGCCUAUACUCCUUUUG